GGUGUUUGACCUCGAGUGAGUCUCUUUGUCUGCGUCCCUUGGCUUCAUUGGUUUUCAGCCGUUGCAAAAGUUGUUUUAUCGGGCAGUUAGUGGAUCAUUGUUCCUCGGAUUCACUAGACAUUCGUCUAAGUUCUAUCCAGAAAACUCCGUGUCUGUCGAUGCGUGUUGAUAUCCGCUCAUCUUGUGGCUCUUUAGCCUGAAGCUAACUGAAGAAGCCAAGGAAGCUGCGUCUGUAUCCGGAGCGAGUGAUGGGUAGAUGAGGCAUCCUGUACCGUUUCGACACAGUGACACACUGUAUUGACACUGUGUUGACACUGUGUUGCUGACUGAAGAAGCCAAGGAAGCUGCGUCUGUAUCCGGAGCGAGGUGAGCGCCUCUUUGUUUUGACCAGUCUGAUCUCAGUUGAUUUACCAACAUGACACCAGAUUGACUUCCAGCUUGUGUUAUGUCUGAAUAAUAUCUGAAUGUGGGCUUUUACGUCUAUUAUCAACCUGUCAUACGUGUUAUAAACAGUGCUUUAAUACGAAGUAUUUUCAGUUCGUACAUGGAUCGUUGUGUGCAGAAUCGUCUGUUCCUUCCUUCCUGUCUUGACCAGCAGUGGUCAGAAGAUAUCAAAACAUACUAACAGGAUGGCUUCACGUCCAGACAUUUGAAGCGCUUGUAACUAAAAAUGUAGAACAAGUUGAAGUUUGAAAAACGACUGCUUUGGUCAAAUGCAGUUUUCACGUUUCAGGACUGCAGAGAUAAGACUUUAUUCAUCUCACCAAGGAGAAGUUCACUGUUACAGGAGCUCUUAGAGCCACAGUGGGUGUAAAGGUUACGAUAAGGUGCAGAAAUAAGAAGGUAGUGAGUGAAAACAUAACAUACAAAAUGUACAAAUCUACAAUAGUUUAGUGCAAUGUGGGGUGGUAUGUACAUGUCACAGUAUCAGAUGAGGUGUAUAUGGUGAUGGUUGCUGGUUACAGGUGGUCAGCAGGUCCAGAGGUCAUUGCACGUGGUGUUAACUACACAGCAGAGUUGUACAGUCUGAUGAACUACAAACAUGGGCGGAUGAGUCGUUCCUUUGCGUCCCAUCUGGUCCCAAUCACCAAAGCAUUUAAAGCAGCUUAAAUGAGGCAGUUUGUUUAUAGAAAAUGGAACUGACACACAUGACGAUGGAAAUGUAGCGGUUCAGGUGGUGAACUGCGGUCACAUCGCACACAGUGCUGCCGUCAGAUGUGAGUUGUUGCUGCAUUUUAAUGCGUGAUUUAGUGUGAUGGCAAGACUCCCAACUGAGACGCUGAAUCAUGAGUGCUGUCACUCUGGAUGAGUGAAGAUGCUUUCUUCACUUUGGUUGUCCUUAUUCACUGUGAAGUUCAGUUGUAUUCAUCCAAUAGGAGUUUGUUGGUGUUUCAGUACGUAUCAAAGUUCCUGUACUCACGCCAAUGACAGCAGCUCCAGAGUUGACAUGCAGAGAUUCUCACGUCAAAGUUCAGAAUGAGCAGGGUUUCUGCUCCAUGUGAAUGAUAGUGGUGCACUGCCAGGGCUCAUAUGAGGGCUGCCACACUGAGAGUCUUAUUUGUUGUUCCUCUGUCUCAGCUUCAAAAAGUCCAGGCAGAAGCCCUGAGGACUCGCGGAUCCCAUGAUCCUUUGCGAAACACAUGAACGUGCUUCGUGAUGUCAAGCAUCAACGGUUUAACAUCUAAAUCACUCUGAAAUGGAAGAACGUGCUUCUUUUACACCAUCAGUUCAGGUGCUGUGUCGUCCUGCAACACUGUAGAGAACUCUUCAGCCAUGGUGCCAUAGCUGCUCCCCUGUAAUGACUAUACUGAGUGAUCAACCGACAGCUGUCUGUCACAUCGACUCUGCACACAAUCAUCCGUUUGCAAAAGCUACAUAUUAAAUUGUGGUGUCAUGUUGAAAAGGAAAAGGUACAUCAACUACAAAAUCUACUUAUUUUCUGCAGUUUGGAACUUAAAUAUUCCAAUUUAACGAUAUGCAAGUCAUAUUAAAUGUGAUUUGGGUUUGGUGUGAACAUACAGUGACUUCAGUUUUGAUGCAUGUAACAUGCUUCUGCUUUUAUGUUUUUGUUGAGUGUUGUUGUCUGUAAAAUCUUCAGGUGGAUUACAAUGUCCAGACUGAAGAGAUGGAAAGUGUCCUACAACAGAAUCAUGUUGGAGACUGGAGACAGCAGACCAGAUCUCCAACAGCAGCUGAUGGUCAAAGGAGAAGAUACUUCAGAACAGCAGGAGUGCAGCUCCAGUAUGAGUCAAGAGGGACAAGAACAUCCUCUCAUUAAAGAAGAAAAAGAAGAGAUCCAGACCUUCCUCAUUGAUGUGAAGAGUGAAUAUGAUGAGGCUGGAACCAGCAGCUUUGAUCAACAACUGAAAACAGAAGAGGAAGAAAUUGAGAGUCAAGUCAACAGAACCAGACUCUCCCCCCUGUCUCUUGUGAAGAGUGAGGAUGAUGAACUUGGAAUCAGCAGCUUGACACAACAAGUGAAAACAGAAGCUGAUGGAGACAAGUGUGGAGGACCAAACCCAGCCAGCGACUUGGACACAUCUCUUCAUGCUGACCAGCAGAGGUCGCUGUGCUCUGAAUCUGACACUGAUGACAGUGAAGACUGGGGAGAAACCAGUAACAAUCAUUCUGCUUCAAACUCUGUUGAGGAUCCAAACAUUUGUGGACAAAAAGGAGAAAACGAUCAAUUUAAGUGCUCACAUUGCGGUAAAUGUUUCACUCUUUCUGUUACCCUCACGCGGCACAUGAGAAAACACACCGGACAAAAACUUUCUUGGUGCUCUCUGUGUGGUAAAUCUUUUACUACAAACACUAUAUUGGGCAAUCACAUGAGAAUCCACACAGGAGAGAAACCUUUCAGCUGCACUCACUGUGGUAAAUGUUUCAGAUUUACAGUCGAUCUGAAACGCCACGCAAGAAUUCACACAGGAGAAAAACCUUAUAGCUGCACUCACUGCGGUAAAUGUUUUGCUCAGCAAAGUACUUUGACAAAACACAUGAGAAUUCACACCGGAGAAAAACCUAAUGGCUGCACUCAGUGUGGUAAAUGUUUCAGAAGUACGACCGAGCUGAAAGAACACAUGAGAAUUCACACAGGCGAAAAACCUUAUAGCUGCACUCACUGUGGUAAAUGUUUUUCUCAUCAAAGUAGUUUGACAAGUCACUUAAGAAUUCACACAGGAGACAAACCAAAUGUCUGCACUCAGUGUCCUAAACGUUUUAUGAAGAAAAGUUUGCUGGAUAUUCACAUGAGAGUUCACACUGGAGAAAGACCUUAUAUCUGCUCUGAGUGUGGAAGUUCUUUUAAAGCACGUGGGACCCUGAAGUUACACAUGAGAAAACACACGGGAGAUAAACUUUCGAGGUGCUCUCUGUGUGGUAAAUCUUAUACGACAAAAAGUAAAUUGGCCGCUCACAUGAAAAUUCACACUGGAGUAAAACCUUUCAACUGCACUCACUGUGAUAAACGUUUCACAUUUGCAGCCGAUCUGAAACGACACAUGAGAAUUCACACAGAAUAAAAACCUUUCAGCUGCACUCACUGUGGUAAAUGUUUUGAUCAGAGAGGUGUGUUGAAUAUUCACUUGAGAGUCCACACUGGAGAAAAACCUUACACCUGCUCUGAUUGUGGUCGCUCUUUUCGAGACAGUGGGACCCUGAAGUCACAGAUCAUAAUUCACACUGGAGAAAAACCAUAUCUCUGCUCCCUUUGUGGGAAAUAUUUUACAUGGAGAAAGAACUAUAUGGCCCACAUGAGGGUCUUUCAUGAGAUCUCCCUUCAUGGAGAAGUGAAGUCUUAAGCCUUUGGAUGCCAGAGGUUGCCACAUCACAUAUCACUAUUUGAGAAGCUGUAUCAUGACUGUCAGAAAUGAGGGUAUACUAUAAAUGAGAAGUUCGCGUCACCCAAAGUUGGAUGUGUAUGUUCUCACAACGACAGUGAUCAUGGUGCAUCCACUGUUAUUCAUCAUUAUCUACAAGCAUCGACUGAAAUUGAGUUGCUUGGAUCCAAUUUCAACAAAUAUGAGGUGAAUUGGCAGAAAAAUGAGCUGCUAACUCGCCUGUUAAACUACUUUUAAGAGAAACAGAAAACCAGGAAUAAAAGAUGAAGGACGCAGACAGAGAGACUCAACCUGUUGCGAAGUUUUGUUCCGUGUUGUUGACCGGUGGACUGUUAUUAGUGUGACACAGGAGAGGCAGAGAUGCCAUGAAAAUGUCUCACGCUGUAUAUUCUGCGCCAAAAUAAAAGUUGAAAGUA